UUUUGAUGUUGCUCAAAAUAAUGUAGACUUAUUUUCAUCAAAUACAUCUUUGUUAACCACAUCUCUCUCAAUUAACAAAAGUUCAAUUGACUUAUAAAUUGAUAAUUUGACUUAAAAAUUGGUGCAAUUUUCAAUACAUUUACUCCUUUGGAUUGUUUUGAAGGUCAAAAUUCUACAGAUAUUAAAUAUGGUAGUGACGCAUUUGUUACCUUUUUUUAACAGUUUUAGUAUUUGGGUUUUGUUAUAUUUCUAUGUUUAUACUAAUAAAAACUUGGUUUAUAAACUUAUAUGCGAAAAUUUUAAACUCUUUUCAUCCAAAUAAGGUGCAAGUUUUAGUAUAUUUAUUCCAUCGGAGAGUUUUGCAAAGCAAAAUAAAGUUCAAAAAUCUGCAGAGAAAAGAUAUGGUAUUUAUGAAGUUAUAAAUAAAUUUUAUUUUAACAAAACUGAUGUUUGGGUUUUAGUUUUUUUUAUAUGACUUAUACAGAAAAACCUUUUAUCUAUAAACUUAUAUGCAAAAAUGUUGAACUCUUUUUAUCAAAUAAAGGUGCAAGUUCCAGCACAUUUACUCCUUCGGAGUGUUUUGCAAGUCAAAAUGAACGUCAAAAAUCUACAGAUAUUAGAUAUGGUGCAAGUUCCAGUAAAUUUAUUUCAUCAGAGAGUUUGGCAAAGCAAAACAAAAGUCAAAAAUUUUCAAAUAUAGGACAUGUUGCAAGUUCUAAUACAUUUAUUCCAUCGGAGAGUUUUGCAAGUCAAAAUGAACGUCAAAAAUCUACAGAUACAAGAUAUGGUAGUUAUACUGAUAUACUUACGUUUUUUUAAGAGUUUAAAUGUUUUGGUUUAAUUUAUUUUUUUAUUUUAUACAAAUAAAAUUUCAAUCGAUACACUUUUAUUGAAAAAUGUUAAACUAUUUUUUAUCUAAUGAGGGUGUAAGUUCAAGAACAUUUACUCCUUUGGAGUGUUUUGCAAGUCAAAAUGAAGGUAAAAGCUCUACAGAUAUUAGAUA